AUGGCUGCUGAACUACACAUGUUAAGAGAAAAAGAGAAGCAGUAUAAAGACACCAUCUGCAAACUGAAAACAGAAGUAAAAGAGCUUAAAGAUCAACAGAAAUCUGAAAAUCAGAAGCCAACAUUUGGAGUUGAUGAAGUAUUAAGAAGAGAGGGAAAGUUGAAAAAUGUAUUUAAGUAUUACACUGGUAUUGUGUACAUUAGAUUUGCUAGUCUUCUGGCAUUUUUGGUAUCUGAUGGAUCCUCGAUAAAUUAUGAAAAGGGUCGCAAAGACAUAAGGAAAUUGUCACUGCAAGAUGGACUGUUUUUAACUUUAUGUAGACUAAGACAUAACUUUGGUCUUAAAGAUAUAUCAGUAAGGUUUAAACUUUCACUACAGUCAUCAGGAAUUGUAUUCAAUACUUGGAUUUCACUUAUGUACUUAAAGUUAGGGCAACUUUGUAUUUGGCCACAUCGUGAUAUUAUUAUUAAUAACAUGCCAAAAGAUUUUAAACAUGAUUACCCCACAACUUUAAUAAUAAUUGAUGGGACUGAAUUUAGAGCACAAGCACCAUGUGCACUUGGUUUGCAAAGUCAGCUUUAUAGUGAUUAUAAGUCUAGUACUACUUUAAAGGCAUUAAUUGGUUGUGAUCCAAAUGGUUCAGUGAUUUCUGCAUCCGAAUUGUUUACAGGAUGUAUUUCAGAUAAACAAAUAUGUGAACAGUCUGGGUUUUAUGAUGUUCUUGAAACACUAAAGUUGAAGGGUUAUGUUAAAGAUGGUGAUGCUAUUAUGGCUGAUAAAGGUUUUACUAUUAAGGAAGAAUUAUGUAAACUUAAUUUACUGCUGAAUAUUCCACCAAUGGCUUCAUCAACAUCUCAGAUGUCAGUUUCAGAUACCAUCCUUACUGAAAAAAUUGCAAAGCAUCGUGUGCACAUUGAAAGACUUAUUGCUAAAGUUAAAACCUACAAGAUACUGUCUGUGCGCAUUCCAACAUCAUUAUUUAAAAAUAUUAACAAAAUUUGGUCUGUAUGUUGUCACUUGACAUUAUUCCAUGAUGUGUUUGUAACAGACAAUAAACAUAGUAAAUAGUUUACUUUAUUCAUGUUAGUUGUGACCCAUGUCAUUGAUUUUUGCAUUUAGCAUUGUUCAAUGGAUAAUUUAUAUAUACAUGUACUGUAUUUUUAAACUAUAGGCAGUUCCCCAACUGCAUUUAUAUUUUUAAAAUAAAUAUUUAUUGUGGUUAUUGUGAACAUGUACCUGAUAUGACAAUAUUGAGCCUAUCUGCACAUCACCAAGGGGAGUGUUUACUAAUGGAUGCUCUGCUGAUACUGUGUAUUCCAGAGGGGUUCCUUUUAAUGAACUCAGCUGCAUUAUGUCAUUUUUGGACACUUUGGGUAGACUGAUAUUAAAAUAUGAUGUAUGAAUUAAGAUUUUGUCAAGUGGAUAAUUUUUAUCUUAUUAUUAAGACUGUUAUAAAAUCUGAUCUCAUAUUUAUAGCCAAUUAAUUGUAGCCAUGAAGAAUAUUGUAUUAUUAAAAAUACAAUGGUUAUAUUUCUA